GGUUGCUGCUGUCAUUGCACUCUUGUUUGCCUGCGCUUGCCAUCGACGCCUGAUUGAUUCUCUGAUUGACGUUUUCUUCCCUUUCUGCUACAAUACUUACGCGGGGCCGCGAAGUGGCCCGCACGAGUCAAUGGACCCCCACUCAACGCUCUCCCAAUACAACCAACGACGCACACGAAAAGCCGCCCCCGCUUCCAUCAAGUACAUGGAGGUUCAGCCAGUGAAGCCCCCGCUGCUUGAUUCCUUUCCGAAGCGGCCGACCCCCUCGCACAAAGCGUCGUCGUCGUCGUUAUCCUCUCCUGUCGUCAUCCGCCGGCCGAUCGCCACGAACUCGCGCGUGAAGCAGGACGAGAAGUACCGCAAGGACCUGCACCUGGCCUUCGUCAACAACGCGCUUCUCCAGAAAGCUAAUGUGCGUUCCCGCGAUCGUGAUCGCGGCGGAAAAUUUUGCUGAUGGGUGCGCUAGGGAACGAGUGAGCCGUACGAGGAGCUGGUGAACCAGUUCAAUGCGAAGAACGCUCAGAUCCAGCCUGCGCAGCUCCGGCUCUGGAUCUCCGCGCUGUCGCACGUGGUGUCCCGGUUGGAGAAGUCACACGCCACCCUCGUUCAGGCGGUCGUCGGGUUCCCGUGGACGACCAUGGAUGCGGCGACGGUCAGGGCGUAUACCGUUUUCAUCGGGAUGCUCCUGAGUGCGCGGCCCGAGUAUCUGUCUCUCGUUCUCAGCAAGAUCACACAUGGAUUAACCUAUCAAUCGGGCCUCCAAGCAUUGGAUAACAACACACCGGAGGGGUCGUCUGCGCCGUUGACCCGACGUGUCAUCUAUGAUCGGUUGCACACCCUCCUCCGACAUCUGUUGACCCUCAUUCCGACGCUUCCUUCGACUCUGCAGCCGUUGAUUGUGCAGAGCUUUCCUCAUAAGCGGCAAAGCCAGGCUUCGCAGUCCACCUAUAUCCGCAAUCUGUUGCGCAUCUCGUCCUACUGCCCGGAACUCAGUGACAAGAUUUUGUCCACCAUCAUCGAUCGGGCUAUACAGAUAGAUGUAGAAAUCCAAGUAGAGCUGGAAGAGAUCGAGGAGCAGACGGAACAGGAUCAGGACUUAUUCGAGCUUGAUCCGUUUGACACCGUUCUGGGCCAGGAGGGAGACGAUUCUGACGCAUCCGACUCGGAUGAUGAUGACGACUACGAGGAUGACAUGAGCGAUGUCUCGUCCAUUGGAGACGAACCGGAAACGCACUCUGAUAUGAGCCACAUUCAGGAGAUGGUUAAGAAGCUGGAUGCUAUUCUCUCUUUGACGUUCGAACACUUCCAGCGGGUGCAAGAAACUGUCUCUCCGAAUGAUCCUACUCCAUCUACUAAACUUCCGCCCGAUCUACCACCAUUACCGCCUCUUACCCCGUCUUCCUCUUCGCCCCUGAUGUCGCCACUGGAGUUUCCUACCUCAGAUCCUAUCAUUCAGGUUAUACCUCGUCCGCCACCCCCGACAGUCCAUGCGCAGUUCCAGAGCCUGCUAUCCAUCUUCGACCGACUGAUCCUACCGACAUUCAAGUCGAGAUACACACAAUUCCUCGUGUUUUUCUACACAUCGUUUUCACCGGAGUUUGCGGACAUCUUCCUGGGCUUGCUUGUCGACCGGGCGCUGUUCCAAACGGCUGUGCCCGCGGUCACACGAGCAGCCGCGGCUGCUUACAUCGGCAGCUUUGUCAGCAGGGGCAACUUCGUUGAUCGUGCAGCGACGCGACGCGUUGUGGGUGUGCUGUGCGACUUCAUGCGUUCGCAUGUAGAUGCGGUCGAGGAGAUGCUGCGGGUGGGCGCGUCUGUAUCGAGUGGCUCGACCAUCUCUGCGCAGAACGGCGUUUUCUAUGCGAUCGCGCAAGCGGUGUUCCUCAUCUUCUGCUUCCGCUGGAGAGACCUGCUGGAAGACGCAGAGGAUCUCGAUGCGGAGGAUCUUGUCGGGAAGCCCGGCAAGAAGUGGAUCCCAGAGCUGGAUGUGGUGCAGAGAGUGGUGCAUUCGGUGUUGAACCCACUCAAGAUCUGUUCCACAAACGUCGUGCAUCAAUUCGCCCACAUUGCACAAGCGACUGAUUUCGUGUACUGCUACACGAUAAUGGACGCUAACCGGCGCUCCGAGUACUCGGCAAGCAGCGCGGACCGCCAGCCUAGUGGACUGCUGACGAGUGCUUCCGCGAUGCGAUUUUCCGCCGCCCUGCUUAGCAGCGGCAUCACCGCCGAGCUCAACACGUUCUUCCCCUUCGAUCCCUACAAGCUUGCGAAAUCGGGUACAUACAUCCAGAGCAUAUACCGGGAGUGGAGCUCCGUGUCCCUCGACGAGGACGAGGAUGACGAGGAGGAGGAGGAGGAGGAGGAUGACGGUCUGGAAGAUCGGGCGGGGAUGGACAUACCUGCAGUGAUAGAUUCCCGGGCGUCGUCGGAAGGUCUCGGUCUGGGUGAAUCUCUCGGUGCUAUGAGCAUCUCGCCGGUGCGGCCGACCAUACCUGGCCCGUAAACAGAUCUUACUCUCGCUUUCGAAUGCUCUCGCGUUGUCAUUGUACCUUUUAAAAUCUGGAAUGGGGAGCUCUCAGGUUGUUGUUGCGACACGAAACCGGCCACGUUUCACUGUUAAAGCGGUUCAAAUUAAGGCCCAGAACCAUCUGUGGAUCGAAGAUUGGUUGUGUCAAGAUCUGGUACAGCCACUCUGGUGCCCUCGGAG